CUAAUAGGCGGUUAGAUUUAUAAAUUGAUUCUUCAACUAGUAACUAAGACACAAGCGUAUUAACAACCAUGAACAAAAGAAAUUUCAUUUUUUUAUUAUCGAUAUUCCUAUUAAUUCUAGUAUUUUAUGUCGAUGUUAGUACUUCGACACAGAAUCAUACUUCUAAAAAUAUUUUGAUCGGUAGUUUUGUUGGAGGAAGAAGUCAUGUUAACCCGAUGCUAGAUAUAGCUGUGUUAUUAUACGAAAGAGGUUACAAUAUAAUAUUAGUAGCAACUGAAAGUCACAGUUUAUCAUUAGAAUACCCGACUUUAAAGCAUGUUCCAUUAAGAGCCAGGCCUUAUGAUUUUUCAUAUAUUAAAAUUGUUAGAGAGUCCUUUCAUAAAGAAUAUAAUUACAAAAAUCUUGCCGCACUCCAUGAAUUUCAUAUAAAAUCAUAUAACUACGUAUUUGAAGUAUAUAAAAAUACUGCUGAAGAAUUUGAUGUUGACUUGUUUUUCUGCGACGCUUUGUUAAAUGAUGCAUGCUUAGACGUUGCUAAUACUCUAAAGAAACCUGUCGUUGGAUAUACCGUUAAUCUUAAUGCACUAGUUACUUCAAUGCAUAAAUCCGACCCAACGCUCAAAUGUCACGUUUCGUUAGAAAAUGUUUCAUUUUUUGAGAGAUUUAGAUGCGUUAUAAUAGAACCUAUUCGAUUACUUUACUUGACAUAUCCUUUUAUAAAUAGGUUAAAUGAUGCAAGAAAACAAAUUAAUGUUGAAUCCGUUUUCACGUCCGCAGGAAGAUUAUUAAGAACUUCUUUAGUUUUGGUCGAUACUUUCUUUGGUUUUGAAGUACCACAAACUUUACCACCAAAUAUUCAGGAAAUCGGACCGGUAAUGUCAGAAGAAUAUCCAUCACUUACACCUGAACUUGAUGACUUUUUAAAUGGACACAAAAGAGUUUUAUAUGUAUCCUUUGGUACACGUUUCUUUACAACUAUUGAGAAUAACAAUAAGCUUUUGAAAGCAUUUAUUGAAGCAAUUGACAAAAAAAUAAUUGAUGGUGUAAUUUGGACGUUAGUUCUUACGUCAAAAGACGAUUUCUCGCCCACGUUAAACCUAAUUGAUGGUACAGCAAUUCAAACUUCUUCAAUUCUAAAUAACAAACAUCCACACAUUCAUAUUUCAAAAUUUGGACCACAAUUUUCCAUACUUAACCAUAAUAAUACAAAAUUAUUUUUGAGUCAUGGAGGUACAAUAAGUUGUCAUGAAUCCCUAUAUACUGGUACACCUAUGUUGGUAUUUCCUUUCGCCUAUGAUCAAGCUGGUAAUGCUGAAAAAUUAAAAUUAAAUGGUGUAGGAUUAAUAUUAAGUAAAUUAAAUUUGGAUGUUAAUGAUGUUAUAAGUAAAAUAGAUUUAUUAUUAAAAGAUGAGAAUGUAAAGAAAAAUGUAAAAAGAUUAAAAUUUUUAUCCAUGAUUAAUAGUAAAAGAAAAUAUCGAGCAGCUGAUCUAAUUGAAUAUACAUUACAUGAUAGUCAUAAUAAGGGUACCAGUAAAGGAUUUUUAAAUGAUUGGAUUCCUAAAGCAAGAUUUUUCGAAGGGGAUGUUAAUAUUUAUGUUGCUUUAUUAAGUGUUAUUUUUGGACUUAGACUUAUUGGAAUAGGCAUUUAAAACUGAUUUAUUAAUUUUUAUUAUUAUGAUGUACUGUGUAUUUUUUAGUAUAGUUUUUAAAAUAUGUAUUAUGCUUUUUUAUUUUUAUCAAUUUGAAUAAAUUUUUUAUUUUAUAAAGCUCAAUGAUUCAAAUUUCCUCAAAGUAUACAAAGUAUACAAAGUAUACGAAUUUCCAAAACUAUAAGCCUAUUGAAGAUUUUGUUUAAAGUGGGGUUUGAUAUCUGAGUGUUGAGCUAUUUUACCGAUGCCUAUUUUACUGACAAAAUUGGAUCUUAAAAAUUGGAAUCAUAAUUGUAAUUAUUAUAUGAUUUUUAUCGAAAUAAAAAAAUUUGCGAUUUGUUCGUUAAAAAAACUAAUCCAUUGGAAUCUAUUGAUCGUAAAAUAAUUAAU